UCACGAAACCCUAAAUCUAGAUUGAAAAACCGAAGCGUCUUGUCUUCUUUAUGUUGCUUAUGUGUCAUUUAAAUUCUCUCAUCUCAUGUUCUUCCGUCGGUUUUGCUCUGCAACGUUUUUGAAGGAGCAUUUGUUAGCUUUCCUGUAAUGCAGUUGUCCACCAUAAAUUCAGGGCCUAACUAAUUUUUACAAGUUCAUCCAUGAUAGGCGAUUCAUUCUUCAAAAUUCAAUCAAGGAUGAAGGGUAUGAAGGAUUGGACAUCCCAGUUAGUAGCCAAGUCAUUGCUCUUGUCAAGACCACCAUCAUUCAGUGGCAGUUUAGUUGUUGAGGAACAUUUGGAUGAAGAGUUUGAUGGUCGAGGUUCAACUUCUACUGCCAGUUUGUCGGCAACAUCAGUGUCAACAGAUGCUUCUCCUCGUCCUUCCAGUACUAACGAGGAAGCUGAGAUUCCUUCCCUGCAGCAACAUGGUGAGGUUGAGGAUUCUUGUCAAUCUCAUCAUAACACAGAUGGUAGAAAGUUGGAUCCAUUGGCUAAUAUUGAAGCACUCCAAAUCAAAUUCUUGCGCCUUUGCCGACGGUUUGCACUAUCAUCAGACAAUCUCAUGGUUGGACAGGUCUUGUAUCGGUUACAUGUAGCAACUUUGAUACGAGCAGGAGAGUCAGAUUUGAAAAGAGCUAGUCGUACGAGUGAUAGGGCUAGAUCAAUAGCAGCAGAGCAAGAGGCAACUGGCCAACCGGAUUUGGAAUUUUCUUUUAGGAUACUUGUGCUGGGGAAAACAGGGGUUGGCAAGAGUGCAACCAUAAAUUCCUUUUUUGAUCAAGAGAAGGCCAUUACCAAUGCAUUUCAACCUGCCACUGAUUGCAUCCAAGAAGUUUCAGGGAUUAUCAAUGGGAUGAAAGUAACCUUCAUUGAUACCCCAGGUUUCUUCCCUUCCUCUACAAGUAAUGUACGCAGGAACAGGAAGAUCAUGCUUUCUGUGAAGAGGUUUAUCAGAAAAUCCCCUCCAGAUAUUGUUUUAUAUUUUGAACGCCUAGACCUCAUCAACAUGGGUUACAGUGAUUUCCCCCUCUUGAAGCUUAUAACUGAUGUUUUUAGUCCUGCAAUCUGGUUCAAUACCAUCCUAGUGAUGACUCAUGCUUCUUCUGCUCUUCCUGAAGGACCUAAUGGGUAUCCAGUCAGCUAUGAUUCAUUUGUGGUUCAGUGCACGAAUUUGGUGCAACACUAUAUACACCAGGCAGUGUCUGAUUCAAGGCUUGAUAACCCUGCCCUAUUGGUGGAGAACCAUCCCCACUGUAAAACAAAUAUAUUAGGGGAGAAAGUUCUACCAAAUGGACAAAUUUGGAGGUCUCAGUUCUUGCUGUUAUGCAUAUGUACCAAAGUGCUUGGAGAUGCUAAUACCAUAUUGAAAUUUCAUAGUGACAUUGAAAUUGGACCAGUAGGUAGUACACGGCUGCCAUCUCUCCCCCACCUACUCUCAUCUCUUCUUCGGCCCCAUUCUGUAGCUAGUACAGUUGGCAUGGAUGAAGAAACGGAGGAGAUUCUAGACAUGGAGGAUAAAGAUGAAUAUGAUCAACUACCACCAAUCCGCAUCCUGACAAAAUCUCAGUUUGAGAGAUUAACCAAAACUCAGAAGGAUGACUAUCUUGAUGAGUUGUAUUAUCGGGAAACCCUUUAUCUGAAAAAGCAAUGGAAAGCUGAAAUCCGGAAACGGAGAGAAAGCAUGCUUCCCAAAGAUGAAACCUCUGUCAGUGAUGAUAAUUUUGAUCCCCAGGAGACAUCUUCAGAGGCUGUGCUGCUGCAAGAUAUGGCGAUCACUCCAAGUUUUGACUCUGAUUGCCCUGUGCAUAGAUACCGUUGCCUUGUGACCAGUGAGCAGUUGCUUGUGCGACCUGUUCUGGAUCCUAAUGGUUGGGAUCAUGACGUGGGUUUCGAUGGUAUUAACUUGGAGACUGCUGUUGGCAUAAGAAGGAAUAUCCAGGCCUCCGUUUUGGGACAGGUGAGCAAGGAUAAGCAGGAUUUCAAUAUUCAAACUGAGUGUGCUGUGGCGUACAAAGAUCCAAAGGGGCACACUGCUAAUGCGUGUCUAGAUAUUCAAACUUCCGGUAAAGAGCUAGUUUGUACAAUUCGUGGAGACACGAAGUUGAGGAACUUGAAGCACAACAUGACCGGUUGUGGGUUUUCUAUGACAUCUUUUAGGAACAAAUAUUAUCUUGGUGCCAAGCUAGAAGACAGUGUUUCAGUUGGCAACUGGGUGAAAUUUGUACUGAGUGCUGGCCGCAUGGGGGGUCUUGGUCAAGUGGCUUAUGGGGGAAGCUUCGAAGCAACUUUAAAAGGAGGAGACUACCCAGUCAGAAAUGACAAAGUAAGCCUUACGAUGUCAGUUCUCUCUUUUGACAAGGAGAUGGUCUUAGGGGGUAAUAUUCAGUCUGAUUUCCGCAUUGGUCGGAGUACAAAAAUGGCAGUUAAUGCAAAUUUGAACAGCCGGAAUAUGGGGCAGAUUUGUAUAAAAACAAGUAGCUCUGAGCAGGUUGGGAUACCUCUGAUUGCUGUUUUUUCGAUUGUCAGACACCUAUUACGGAGAAGGGCAACUGAUGAGUUAAGCAACAAUUAAAAGGUGAAUGCUGGAUAUGAGAUUGUUGUGCUUCCUCCAAAACUAGUUUUCCUGCUUUCAGGCAGUCCUUGUGGUGGCCGAUUUAUAUCAUUUAACAAAAGAGAUUGACUUGGGGAGAAGCAUCUUUGGGCGGUUUGGAUGAUGGUCACUCGAGAAAGUAAUUGGUCUUAGCCUUUUUUGGUUCGCCAGCCAUGCUCUAUGACCUUGAAAAUCAUUAGAACGCACUGAUCAAUUGAGUUUCAGGCUAGGCUAAAGGGUUAUGUUUCAUGGUAAUCCUGAAAUAAGUGGGUGGAAACAGGUAAUCAGAUUUGCUUUAUUAACCUUCUCCUCAAAGUAUUAUGGCUUUCAUGCUCAAAUCAAUACCAGAAAGGAGAAAGCUUUGAUCCUCAAAGUCUUUAUCUUC